GUUCAAUUUCUGUCUUUAAUGUAACAUUUAGUCUUCAUAAUGUCCAUGACCGCUGUUAAAGGGACUUUGUCAAGCCUGAAAGGAUGUCAGGAAGACAUCGGGACAGGAAUGGACGUGGUGACUGAUGUUGCUAUGGACCUGGUGGAAGCUCGGGAUGAAGCAAUGGACCCUGCUAUCAAAAAGAUGAAGGCCAUGAUUCUGGAGUGUGUUCAGCUGGACAGGGAGAUCAACCACUUUGUUGACAUCGUACAAGAAGUCACUCAGGCUGCUCCUCAGCAGCCAGAGGCCAUGUUCAGCUUGUCUGCCAGAGUGAAGGAGCACUUCACACAAAGAGUAGCUCUACUCUCCGACGCCGAGCUGCACAAUCACCCGAAAGUGGCUGCCUUCAAGGACAGCAUCAAGAACUCGCUUCAACAAGCCGAGGAGUCGGAGGAGAACAUGGAGGAGCUGGAUGAAGACAUCGCCAUCACCCAGAGCCAAGUAAACUUCACCUGCCCGCUCACACAGGUGGAGAUGGUGAACCCAGUGAAGAACAAGAAGUGCAACCACCACUACGAUGAAGAAGCAAUCCUGAAUCUGAUUAGAAAAAGACACAGCCAGAAGAAGAAGUGCUGCUGUCCUGUUGUGGGCUGUGGAAACACCAACGUGACCAAGUCCGACCUCAUUCUGGACCAGAUUCUGAGGAGAAGGAUCCAGAGCCACAAGAGACAAAACAAGACUUAG